AUGCCAGAGUACGUCUACGCCCUCCACGAAUUCACACCGGAGAACCCGGAUGAGGUGUCCUUUAAGAUCGGGGACAAAGUUGAGGUUAUUGAAAAGGAUGAUUUGUAUGGAGAUGGAUGGUGGAAGGGCCGAAACCCAGCAGGCAAUAUCGGACUGUUUCCGCGAAGUUACACAUCCCCGAACCCUCCCUCUAUUUCAUCUCGACUCGCUGCUGUCGCGGAGAGUGCCGAUGCCUCGUCCGCGUCCUCUACCGUCGAAGCGCCUGUUGCGUCAACAACAACAGCCUGCGGUACAUCACAGCCUCCUCAUGGUACUGCCGAUCCGAUUCUGAGCCAUAGCACGGAAGAACUAGGUACAGCCAACAAUGGCGCGCAGGGGUCUGGGGGAGGCGAGGUGAUGCAAGCUACUAUGACAGACGUGCAGAAGGCGAUCGAGCAACUCGGCCGAGGGAAUGACGACGGAUCACGAAGCUUCAGCUUCAUGAGCUCGCGCUCGCAGUCGACCGACCAUUCCGACGCCGAAGACGAGGGCGACAAGGGCGAGGAGGGUGACGAAACAGAGUAUGGAUGGUCGAAAGGCGCUCGGACGAUGCUUGCCAUGCGCGCGCAAAUGGAGAACGAGAAACGAGAAGCGCAGGGAAGAGCAAGCUCGACCACUGGCUCUGGUACUCCGGUCCGUCUCUCGGGGCCUCCGCACGAUUUCGAGUUCAGCGACUCGAGCGAAGACGAGGAUGAAGAGCAGAUUCAUCCCCGGCACCUUUCCGAUCAUGUCCGUUCGAGGGGCAUGAACGGACGUAUCUCUGAGGAGGACGAAGAAGACGAGGAGACCACUUCCAAACCUGCCUUCUCCGUUGUGCACUCCCGUACAUCGACAAUGGACUUCCAUACUCCUCCUCCGGUGAUCACUGUAUCGGAUUCUAGCCUACGCAAGAAAAAAUCGAGGGAUAGCUCGGCGCUCAUUGUACCCUCAGAAGAGUUCAUCGUGCCCUCGCCUAGUGCGACUACACCUGAAAGCUCGACUGCUCGCCCGGAGCAGUCCACCUUCUCGCAGGAACAACUCUCACACCAUCUUGCCAACGAGGAGCCCAUACGCUCUCCCUCCAUGAACAUCAUAGCGGCCUCCCCCGUUGAAGAAGUCCCUUCGCCAUCAUCGCAAGCAAGCGCACCUCUUGAAGACGAGAAGUCUAUUGCAACCUCUAAUACUCCCGAUGAGGUUCCCGCUCCGAUUGCUUCACAUCCCACGUCUGCUACGGCCAGUCCCUCUGUGAUCUCGACGUCUCCUUCCGUGCAGACCGUCAGCCCCUCGCCAAGCACCGUUCGCGUUGCCGAGACCCCGCAGCCUUCGUUCCCCUCAACUGGCCUUCCUUCACCUACUGCAUCAUCAUUUGGCGGAUCAACGAGCACAGGGAUCAGGCAAUCACUCACGCCAGCAACAACUGUGUCCACGAUGAGCGCCGGUGGCCUAGAAGCAAAGGCGCCCGGUAGUGGGUCCUCUGGAUCAGAUACGAGGAAGGAGAGGCCGGACGGCCAUCCUUCCGAGUGGUCGGUCGAGCAAGUGGUUGAGUGGCUCCGGUCCAAGGGCUUCGAUGAGGGUGUGUGUGAGAAGUUCACCGAGCAAGAAAUCACGGGCGACGUGCUCCUCGAGCUUGACGCGAACGUCCUCAAGACUGAGAUUGGUAUCGUCGCGUUCGGGAAGCGUGCUCGCAUCGUGAACGCGAUCGCCGAAUUGCGCCGUCCCCCGUCCAUCUUCGAGUCUCCAUCACAUACGCCGGCGCGAGUUACUACACCGCGCUCGCAGACAGGCCAGUCCUUGCCCUACACGCAUUCACAUUCGGCAAGUCUACAGAGCUCCGCACAUACACAGACGUCUUCGGGGUGGGGGUACUCGCCCAUGUACGCUCCGCAUGCCUACCAGAGUAGCCCGAUUACUGCUUCUCCAGUUGCAGAGAUACCACUGCCCAGUGGCGACGGGUUGAACCGCAACGGGUGGCCUGUCGCCGAGGUGGAUACAAACGGCGGUGCCGCGAAGAGCGAAGCUGAAUCGCAACCCCUCGGUCUCGGUCUCGGCUUGGCACAGGCUAUCAAAGACGGGAAACGUCCCGCUCAGCUGGUGCUCUCGCCGAGCGAUGGGGCUAUAGCGGCCACUGCGAUUGGAGGAGACAUCCGCCCUGCUGUCGAGGAUGACCGUGGCGCCAUGAGCGAGAGCGAGACAGUCGCCUCGGACACGAAGAGCAGGGGCCGGCGCCUAUUUUGGCGUACCGAGUCCGGUUCGGUGAAGGAGCGGUCAUCGCUGAACGACACCGCCAGUCGGCACUCCAAGGACACGUCCGUCCCGCAAACGCCUCCCUUGUCCGCUAUGUCACUUGCGGCGUCCUCCACUAACUCACCGGACGGUGCGAAGUCUGCGCCGGAAGGCGCGCCUCCGGUCACAGCUAGGCCAAAGAAGAAGCGCGAGAGCGUUGACGGCCGCAAGGCGUCGGACCGGCUUAGCCUCUUUGGUACUUCCUUCUCCGGGACACUGGGGAAAAGUGGCAAGAGCAGGAAGCCGCCUCCGUCGCUUUCUGGUGCGGUCGAGAAGAGCGAGGACGAGAAGGAGAAACAUCAUGGCACCUUCUCGAGGAUACGAGAGAAGCGGGGCUCGAGUCGGCCCUCUACCGCUGAUGGCACCAGCAAGGAGAAGAAGUCUGGCCAGUUCCUCUCCCUCAAAGAGGUCAAGGAGUCCCCUGACAAGGAGUCGGAGAAAUCUCAAGAGUUGAAGGACAAAGCGAAAGAACCGGAAAGGUCGGCAGUCCUGCGCAAACGCACAGCAUCUACCGUCGGCGUUUCGCAAGCCGACAAGACUGGAAAGGCUGACGACACCCUCAGGUCUCCUACAACCCCAGAAUCCAGUCCGCUCACGCUCACUCUCAAACCUGGUCAGAGUAUCCUGGAGCAAAUCGGGACACCUGACCAUGAGGGUUGGUUACGCAAGAAGGGCGAGCGCUAUAACGCCUGGAAGAUGCGGUAUUUCGUCCUCAAGGGUCCGCACCUCUACUGGCUGCGGAACAAGAGCAAAACGGAGAGCAAAAUAAAGGGGUACAUCAACAUCGCCGGUUACAAGGUUGUUGCAGAUGAGAACAUCGACCCGGGACGCUAUGGUUUCCGUAUCAUGCAUGACUCGGAGAAGAGCCAUUACUUCAGCUCGGAGGAGCACAUCACUGUCCGAGAAUGGAUGAAGGCACUCAUGAAGGCCACAAUCACGCGGGAUUACGCUGACCUUGUGGUGUCGUCAUGCAACAUUCCGACAAUUCCUCUUGCAGUCGCACAAGCGAUGAAUCCUGCGCCGAGACCCCCUUCUCCUGGUGCACGAGCAGCCACCCAGAAAGCGAUGCGCCCUGAUAAUCCGAACCAGCUGACCCAGCGCGACGCGCAGGUCUUGCUCAUGGGCGUCACAGCCAAAGAGAAGGGUAGUAUGGAGCGUACAAGGCUCGACUCGUUCUUCACGAGCGACACGCGCUCCACUACCAGCGUCGAACCAUCUGUCCCUAAAACUAUUUCCAAGGUUCCACCGCGACCAUCGCGGGAAAUGCGAAGGCUCAACUCUCUGACGGAGUCGACCACGUCUUCCGUGGAUGCAGGCCUCAUCGACUGGGCAAACUCGCACCUCCCGAAGAACCUGCAAAUGACGGACCUGUCAGCACCGACUUACGGUGGCCUGGCCCUUUUGCGGCUCGCGGAAGACAUCAAGGGGAAGCAGGCGACCCCGCGUGUGCCGGACUCUGCGUUCCCGUCCGGGCCGAACGACGACAAGCUCGACGGGCUCUUCAAGCUCUUCGACUUCCUGCUCGACAACGAUGUUAAGAUGGGCACCGUGAGCAUUAACGACAUUCGGCAGGGCAAGCGGGACAAGAUCUUACAGCUGCUGAAGGCGCUGAGGGCCUGGGAGGACAGGCGGAAGGCGGUCGCGCACUCGCUGGGGCCGCCGUCGCCUCCGCUGGGGUCAUAUUUGGCGAUGGCGGGCCCAAUUGGGAUGGGGCCUGGGUGA